AUGGAGUAUGGAGGGAUUGCAGACGGUGGUGAGAAACCAUCGGAAGAAUAUGACGUCAUCAUAGGAGGAGGGAUAAUGGAAAAUGAGGCUCCACAGAUGGAAACAGUAAGUGUGGAGAAAGUAGGACCAACUUCCCCAUCCAGUGGUGAUGAACGCAGCCCUCAGCUGUCAAUGUCAAGAAUAAUGCCAGGAACAAACAUCGCAGCAUCAGAAUUCUACCCAAUGUUCCAAGAGGAAAUGGCUCAACCCCAGACCAGUACACUACACGGCUCAAGUAGUAACCAACCAACAGCUGUCCAGAGUCAAGUGACGUCACCUAGUCGUAGGGCUAGCUCUGUGCUACAGCCAGAUGAGGCGAUUCGUACUAUGGUCAAUCAGAUGAAGAAACCUGCAACCGACAUUAAGAAGUUUAGUGGAGACCCACUACAGUACACCAGGUUUAUGCGGCAGUUCAAUUCCAGAGUUGUAGCAUAUACUAGCACCUCAGAAGAAAGAAUGAACUACCUCGAGCAAUUUACAACCGAGGAGGCACAUCGCAUUGUUACAGGGUUCAGCUGCCUUGACCCUGAUGUAGGCUAUCCUGCAGCGUUAAAAGAGAUGCAAGACCGAUAUGGUGACCAGGAGAAGAUCGCAAAUGCGUACGUGAGAAGGGCACUAGAUUGGCCGCUCAUCGCCAAGGACAACCCCAAGGCUUUGGAUGAAUUCGGCAUCUUCCUCGUUGAGUGUGAAAAUGCAGUAAAUGGCAUAGACGCGAUCAAGAUCCUCGAAUAUCCAGACAACUUGACUAAGCUGGUGAAGAAGCUCCCAUAUCAUCUGCAUGAUAGAUGGCGCAAUGUUUAUCAGAGACUUAAAGAGAGCAAGAAAUCCGUUAAAUUUGGUGAUCUGACUACCUUUGUGAAGAAAGAGGCUAAGAAGAUCAUAGACCCAUUGUAG